AUGCCAAAAAUGAAAACUCCAACAAAAGCGACAACUCCAACGAUGAUUUCAACAAAAGCUCCAAAAGCUAUAACAACUCCAAAGACAAUGAAGAAGCACCGGAAAAGACAACACAAUAACUCCAAAAAGGCAACACCGAAGCGACAACUUCAAAAAGGACUAUGGUGA